CUCUCGUUCUAAAUCGCAUCGCAGUUUUCAACAAAUUUCACCGAAAACGGAAUCGAAGAUGAAAGCCGCAUCAAAAUUUUCAACGAAUUUCUGAGUUCUUCUCACAGAGAAUCCAAACACAGUUUCAUCGCAUUUCACCAAACCCUUUUCACCGUCGCAGUGACGACAACGAAGCUGAAGAAUGUUCACCAUCGCUCGGUUCACAUGACGACAUCGCAUUGGUAAAACGAAGGGUGAGAAUAAGGGUUAUUGUUGUGGGUUUUGCAGCGUGUGAAUCUCAGUUCUGCAAUGGUGUGAAAUGGGUUUUUUGCUGCAGAUGAAAAAAUCUCCAUGUUCUCUGUGUUGUCGGGUCAAUUAUACAGUGAAAGGAACCAUAACUCAAAUCUCCAACUGUGGUGGCUCCAACUGCUGCUGCUGCUGUAGGUUUAGCAUUCUUCAGCUAUGGAUUUCCACAAGCUGGCACUUGCGUUGAGUAACACUGGUUUUGAAAAUCUGAGGUGAGAAACACUGUUGAGACAGCGGUAAAGGUGGGUUUUGUUCACUAUUGAAAACUAGUGAUUUGGUAGCUUAAAAGACGAGUCUUUAUAGGUUUUGUUUUUUGCCCUUCUUUUUUUUGUUCCACUUCUUGGUUUGGUAGCUUGUGGCUGACAAGAUAUCAACAAGUAUCAAUUUAUGUUUUGAAUUAGAAACUCUUGUUGAUGAUUCUUUGAUUCUUUUAAAGGCGUGUGUGAAUUUUUCAUAUUCUAUACUGUAGUGUUUUUCAUUUUAGUGUUACCAUUCUAGUUGGAUAAGAUAGCAUCUUGUCAACAAGGUUGUCAUGUCUCAUGUUCCUUUCCUGUUCACUUUGAAAUCUUUUCUUCACUGCUACUACUUCAUUUAUUGAGCUUUCAUUCUUCACAAGUUUUCACAACUUGUGAAGAUUCUUUGGAACUGUUGUGGAUGAGUUUGCUCCAUGUAAUUGGGUUUGGUCUAAAAGAUCAAUUUAUUGGGGAGAAGAUAUUGGGGAGUGUGUGUAGAAUUAAUCAGCAAUAUUAUCAGUGUAUUGGGUUUAAAAAAGUUAGGAGAAAGUUAUGGAGGAAAUUGUUGUUGACAUGGGUUUUGGGUUAGUGUAUAGUGUCUUUGUGGAUCUUUUGUUUUAUGAAUCUGCAAGUUACUGAGAAGAGGAAAGAGACUCUUGCUAGUAUGUGUGAUGAAAGAGCUAGGAUGCUACAAGAUCAAUUUAAUGUUAGUAUGAAUCAUAUUCAAGCCAUGUCGAUCUUCAACCAAUUAGUUUUAUACAUGAUCUUCUUCGACCGACCUACCUAGGUACCCUCUCUACCUUCAAUCGCACUUUCACUUAUCAUCUAAUUAUUCAUGCUUUGCUUUCCUAUCUGAUUAUUCACGCAUUUAGGUUUAACUACUCUUAGGUGAAUUCACACUCAACUUUUUUAUCACUUGUUUACCAUACCAUUCAUGUUUUUCAAAUUCUGUAUCAAUAUAUUCAAUUUACAUUUCAAUUCCGUUGCAAUUGUUUUUCGUAUAAUCAUCAGAGGGAUUACUCCUUUCUCCCAGCACUUUGCAGCUGAACCAACACCAUGGAGGGAAAAUCUUCUAAUGAAGGUUCCAGUACCGGCAAUGUCUCAGCAGACUCUUCUGAUUCAACUGUUCAGCUCAAUAUUAAAACUUUAGAAUCCCGCAUCUACAGUUUUCAAGUUGAAAAAAAUAUACCCGUUUCCUUGUUCAAAGAAAAAAUUGCUUGUGAAAUAGGUGUACCGGUUAAUCAGCAACGACUCAUAUUUAGAGGAAAAGUCCUCAAGGAUGAACAUGUCCUUUCUGAGUAUCAUGUUGAGAAUGGGCAUACGUUGCAUUUAGUUGAAAGACAGCCAAAUCCGCCUCAGACUUCUGGUGCGGGUUCCGUUGAGACAACUAGUACAAACAGUAACCGAGGAAACGGUGCUGGAUCAGGAGCUCCUCGUAACCGUGUUGGCCAAAUUUCACACAGCGUGGUUCUUGGGACUUUUAAUGUGGGGGAACAAGUUGAAGGCACUGCUCAAGACCUUACUAGGGUUUGUUUAUGCAUUCUCUGCAUCUAUCUUCAGUAUCUAAUACUUAUGCUUUCUAUUAAGUUUUUUUGCUUUGGUUUUUUGUAAUUUAUUGCCGUAUUACGCAUUUAGGUUUUUGCUUUGGUUGGUAUUCAAAUUUUUUCUUUCAAAUUCUAUAUGCGCUGUAAGUGUAUAUAUGUGUGUGAAUAUUUGUGUAGUUAUCAUUGGUAGAAUCCCUGGAACUUCAAAAUAGUGUUGGUUCUAGUUAGUUUCUCUCUCAUAUUAAUUGAGAAAACAGAUACAGAAGCUCCUUGAGAAGUUAAAUUCAUGAUGCAAAGCCAGUUUCAAGUUUAUGCUUCAGGAAUUUGAUGAUUUUAAUAACCAGAAUAGGAGAGAUGAUCCUGGUUAAACCACUCUCCUCUUGGGUCCUCCGAGUUCAGGAAAGACCAUUCUCCUCUUGGCUUUGGCAGGAAAACUUAAUCCCAAAUUAAAGGUGACAAUUCAAUUGUUAAAUAACGCAUUCAUAUUUUGUUUUGGAAUUUUCAAUUCUAGCUAGCUAAUGAGGUGCAAUUUCUACACCUAAUGUGUAUUGGAUUGAUAAAAUUUACAGGAUGAUUUUUCUACAGAGCUUGACAAUUGAUGGGAUUCUAACUUUGUAGAUAGUUAAAGUCAACAACUCUGCUGGAUUUGACUAAGCAGUCUUUAGAGAACCUACGACACCUAAGCCGAUAGUAAUUGUACUUCAAGAGAGUUUGAAGCAGCUAAAGAAAAGUUUAGCAUGCUGCAGAGAAUUCUCUUUGGGAAUAAGAGUGAGAAGUGGAGGACAUAGCUAUGAAGGUACUUCUUUUGUUGCUGUUGACAGUAUUCUUUUUGUCAUCAUUGACAUGAUGAAUUUAAACCAUGUUAAGGUUGAUAUGGAGACGAAAACAACGUGGGUUGAAGGUGGUGCAACAUUGGAAGAAACUUACUAUGCUAUCUCUCAGGCAAGUGAUGUAUAUGGGUUCUCAGCUGGAUCAUGUCCAACU